CAAUGCAUUUCUUAAUCAGUCGACUGCAGUGUACUUUGAUCAAAGAUUGAUCAGAAAGGAUUACAAUUGAAGAUCGACUAUGGCUAUUGUUAUUACAAUUUUGGUUCCAGUUUUUCUGGUUAAUCCUUGUCAUGUCCAAGUUCCAGUUUUUCCAGAAUACACUUGAUUAUGUCUUGCUCGUAGAGCUUCCAUCUUCAUCUUGAUUCUUCUGUCUCUUCAUUUUUUUCACUACACAGUCUCAUUUAUCUUUUUAUUUGUCUGAUAUCAUUUAUUCAUUAAAAGUUUAUUAGUAACUAGAAAAGCUCAUUUAAAUCUAGUGCAAUUCAUUUAAUCAUGUAGUUUAAUCAACCAAAUAACAUAGAGCCAAACUAGAGCUGAUUCUCGACAGGAUAGUCUAACCUGUGAACACUCUCAGCUUGCACCUUGCUUUCUCUCAUAUGCUUCAAGCUUCUGUUGCUACAAACAAAAACAUCUAAUAUUUCUAGUCUGAUUAAUCUUGAUGGUUUCAUUAUUUGUGAAUAAUCAUUUGUUACAAUUAUCACUUUAUUAUAACCUUUUUUAUAAUUAUGAUCUCACAUAGUGAUAUAUGAAAUUUAAUUGGUUUUUUACUGUUUUUUUCAUAUCUACCUUCUUUAUCUGCUCAUCUUAUAUCAACACUUUUUGCUCAUUGAUUAACAACUCUCAACAAAUCUUUGUCCUCCGUUGGUAUAUUCAAUCAAGUACCUAACACAAUUAACACAUUAUUAAUCCUUCAUAAAUAUUUAAAACAACAUGUAAGUUGGAGAGCGAAAUUAAUCAGACCAAUCAUUCAUUUCAAUACCGUCCUGGUGAUUACAAACUUUUGCCAACAAUGAGACCUGACUAUGUGAGAAUAUGGCGAACCAUUUUUUUUGGCCAAUUCCUAUCUUUGCUGCUUUGUGGAACAGGAAUAGCUAGUCAGUUGCUUGAUCGCAAUUACAGCUUAAAAACUCCAACUGCUCAAAGUUUCCUCAACUAUGUGAUACUUUGCUUAAUUUUCACCACCUGGCUGGCUUUUAAACCUGGUGACAGCAAUUUGUUCACCGUGAUGCGACUGAGAGGAUGGAAAUAUUUUAUUCUUGCUGCCAUGGAUGUUGAAGCAAAUUUUCUCGUCGUCAAAGCUUAUCAAUAUACAACACUUACCAGCAUACAAUUAUUGGAUUGUUUUACUAUUCCAACGGUUUUGCUACUUUCUUGGCUUUGGAUUAAAGUGCAGUACGGAAUUGUUCACAUUCUCGGAGUUUGUCUCUCUCUUAUUGGUAUCGGUUGUUUAAUUUACUCUGAUCUGGAUGAAAGUACAAAAGGCCAAGAAGCUAAAAAUCGCUUUCUUGGUGAUAUGCUGUGCAUAAUGGGUGCCACUCUCUAUGGUAUAUCCAAUGUUACUCAAGAAUAUGUAGUGAAAAGCUACAGUAUAGUCGAAUUUCUUGGAAUGAUUGGACUUUUUGGUAGCAUCAUUGGCGGUGUUCAGUUAGCCAUCUUUGAACUGAAAGAAGUCAAAGCUUUGUUCCAUUUAGAUAAAUAUAUUCAAAUUUCUCUGAUUCUAAGUUAUGCUGCUUGUUUACUUCUCUUCUACAUCACCAUGCCUCUUGUCCUUCAAGUUAGCAAUGCAACUUCAGUCAAUAUUUCCAUGCUUUCGGCUGAUUUCUACUCUCUCCUAAUCGGACUCUACUUAUUCGACUACAAGUUUAAUUGGCUUUAUUUCAUUUCGUUUGCUCUCAUCAUAAUGGGAGUCACAACUUUCAAUUUAAUCCCUGCUCCAUCCAAAAUUGACCCCGUUCCAAAUUUAAACAACACUGAAGUCAACUCAAGAACAGCAUUGUCUCCGGCAAAAGGAGGUGGUAGCAGUUCAAAAUAUGGAGAUGACACCGUGGAUGCAUCUACAGAUAAACCAAUGGGCUUUCAUCGACUCGAUCCAACAAGCAUCUCAAUGACCAGCGGCCAAAUUGAUAAUAGAACCGAUGUUAUAUUACCUAACGUCCUAGAAUUCGCCCAAAAUCCUUCCCAAUCAAUUUACAGCGCAUUUCCUCCCCACCAUUUACCACAUUCAUCUUCAGCUUCUCAUUUACCUUAUAAUCAACAAGUUUUCCAAGCCGAAAGUGACCUUAUCGCUUCAACUACUGAAAAACACGAUCAAUUUAGAUUUGAAGGAUCCGGCAUAAGUUAUGGGUAUCAUCAGCACCAGCAACAACUACAGCGACAGCAACAGCAACAACAACAAGAUCACAAUAACUAUCAUGGGACACUUCCUCAACGCAUAUGGGAAGACCAAUGUUAAUAUUUAUCUCUAUUAAGGAAAAUUAUUUGAUAUUAUUUAAAAGAAUCAAAUAAUCAUUUUUUCAAGAAAUUUACACAAUCCCUUGAUAAGAAAUCAGACAAUUCACCUAGUCAGAAUAUCUUCAAAAUCAUGUAUUGUAUUCAUCUAAAUUGUCCAGACCAUUUCAUUAUCAACUUGCAUAAGAAUAUUCUUGGCUAAUUGAAAAAUCUAGAUUUCUUAAUAUCAUGACCACUUACGUGUAUAAUGUUCAUAUAAGAUGAAAAUCUCGUGAUUUAAUGCCAAACACAAAUACCUUACAGAAAUGGUAUUAAUCCCGUUUAAAUAAUAUGUCUGUCAGUUUCAUCUCACAAUUAAGCUCAUCAAAGGUCGAGCUCUGUUUCUUUUGUACGUUAAAAUUUUGUGAGAUUUAAAGUUCACAAUUUAAUUUUGUUAAAUUUUUUUCAAAUGUUCA